GUCGGUCAGAUACAUGCUGCGGUAGGAUUCCAUUAGGGGAUUCUAGUGUAGACACUAUCUGCCUAACUAAUGAGUGGGUCAGAUCAUGUUGAUGAUAGAGCUGACAAUAGGAGACUUACACGUUCAGAUGCAUUAAGGGUUUUGCACGUGUUCAGGACCUUAGACGAGGGAGAAGAAAGACGGCUUCGUGCCGAACGUAGAGCCCGUGCUCUAGCAGCAGGACUACAAGAAGCAGACAAAGUAUCAAGAGAGCGGGCAACAGCAGCCAGAGCAGCAGCAAUGGCUAACGGCGCAAGCUCUGCUGCGUCAUCGUCUGCGUCCUUGUCAGGGAAUAGUGGAACUCAGUUGGGAAUGCCACUGAGUUCCACAAGUUCCUCGGGCACUUCCGGUUCAACAGGUGCUAGACAGUCUUCUAGUCAAAUGGCGGGCUCGCAGUUCAACCCGUUGACCCCACGUGAGAGGGAGCUCAGGGAGAUCCAACAGGUCGAGAGGCUCCGCCAGAAGUUAGAGGAGGGCCUGAAAAAGGCAACCGAUAGAGAAAGAGAGAUAAAAAGUAGAGCGGCCAGACUUGAUACGUUAGAGGCUGACAAGGCUGCGUUAGAGGGAUUGGACGAAACGUGUUUGUCUAACCCCCUGAAAGUGUUGAAGAACGACAUGUUGUCACUGCAUGCGCACGUUGACAGCAGGAUGGACUUCAUGAAGAGCACUUUGGACCAGAUCGUGGAUGCAUUGACAAAGCUAGGAUUCCGGCCACCAGCACAAUCGUCGUUGCCGUUAACGGCGAUGUCAGGCCCCUUUCCAGUACAAGUUGGCACACAGCCAAGUGGUACGUCUGCAGCAGUCUCACAGACUGUUGCGUCCUCUUCUUCGGGUCCAGCGGUGAUUGAUGCAUCACAGCAACAACCUGUUCCUUCACAGGGACAACAGCAAGGUCAAUGGUAUCCUAAGACCCCGAUGAAACCGCCUCUUGCCUUCUCAGGUGAGAGAAAGGAUGAGGAACUCAACACAUGUUUGAGAACGAUCCCGAUUUCGGUGAAGGCAAAGAGGACCUUGCCUAAGGACGAAGUGGUAACUGCUGCAUCCUACCUAGAGGGUAAGGCAGCCAAGUGGCUAGAUGCAGUAGUUGUAAAGGCCGGGUACGGGAGACGCAUGGCAGACUGGGCUAAGUCAUUGACGUUAGACCAGUUCAUGGAGAUGGUAGAAGCUCGAUGGCAUAACCCACAGGAGGCUCAAAGGGCCACUGAUGCCAUUAACAAGCUGGACCAACGAAAGUUCAAGUCGGUCAGAGAGCUUACGACUACCGUUGAGAGCCUGAUCCUCGUCCCAGGCAUCGACUACAGUCACCAAUUCCUGCUAACUACGUUUGUUAGAUGUUUUCCAGAGAACAUCAGGAACUUACUAGCCAGCGAGGCACGCACUGUCUACCAUUCGUUUGAGACAUUGUCUAGGAAGGCCUUAGAUCUAGAGGCCACUCCAGGCAAUGCUCAACCCACCUCACAGAGUGACUCAAAGAAGAAGAAGAGUCCUCAGGAGUGGAAGAAGGGAGCAAAGUUGAUAAUGGUUGACUCCAGGGAUGUCACGCGGGGAACCCCGGGGGCGAAGCCGGGGUGGCUGAAGACCCUUGAUAUCCAGCUCAACGACAUCACGGCGUUUGUCACGGAUUCUGCGGGUGUGAACGUGUCCGCCAUGCAGAUAUUCGAGGAGGACGAAACCGUCAAACAUAUUUUUUGGAUUCGGUGUGUGGCACAUGUUAUGGACCUCAUCUUGGAGGACAUUGGGUCGAUUGGAUGGGUGGCAUCACGCAUUGCUCAGGCGCGACUCGUCACGAAGUUCUUCAAGCGCCACAGUCACGCACGCGAGGCUUUGGAGAAGAAGACGAAGCUGAAGUUGUUGCUGCCCGCAGAGACUCGUUUCGGCACCAACGUCAUCAUGAUCAGGAGAUUGUUGGAUCUGCAGACCCAUCUCAUGCAGGUCGUUACCGAGGACCCAUGGCGCGACACUGUUUGGGCCACGCGGAAGGUCGGUCAGGAUGCCGCCGAGAUCACAACAUGUGUGGGGUCUCCUCCAUGGUGGGAGGAUUUGAGGCGUUUGUGUAAUAUCAUGGACCCGGUCAUGGAGAUGCUGCAGAUGCUGGACAGUGACACACGGCAGAUCAACAAGGUCCUGCGUCGGUAUGAGAUGAUGAUCGCAUCCUGUCUUACCGCGUGCGACUCCCUCACCGUGACAGAGCAGGAUGAGAUCCUUGAGGUUUUCAACAGGCGGCGCACCAUGUUCCGUACUCCAGUGCACAUAGCGGCCAUGAUGCUUGAUCCUGAGUUUCGGGAUGCCACCCUGUCAGACGACGAUGUGAUGCAGCAGGGGUUGAUUGCCGCUUUGGUUCAGUUUGGCUACCCCGAGGGAUCUCCGCAGCUCAUCGAGGUGCUCACCGCGAUCGACAAGUUCCAUGCCAGGGAGAGGCUUUUCGACAAUGCCACGACGGAUAGAGCGAUGAGGAGCUAUGAGCACCCGUCCAGUUUUUGGGAGUCGAAGUCGCGCAGGUUUCCACACACCGCACACUUUGCCAUGAGGAUCCUGCGCGUUUGGACGACAGCGUCGCCCUGUGAGAGAGCUUGGUCCCGUUGGAGUUUCAUCCACUCGAAGACUCGCAACAGGUUGGAGGUUGGACGGGCUGAGAAGCUCGUGCGGUGCCAUUGGAACCUCCGUCUUCUCGACCAUCCAUCUCUGACCGAGGAUGCUCCUCACGACAGACCCGAUCAAUUCGGGAAGUGGGUUCACUAUUGGCAGCAUUUGGAGGACGAGUUGCCCACUGACCAACAGCUUGUUGCGGGGAGUGGAGCGAGAUUGGCAGCCACACAGGAGGAGAUGAGUGUGGCGAGGGAGCGGAUGCACAGUGUUUCUCGCAUGGGCACCGAGCGCCGCCUUGUCCAAUCGGACAAGAGACGACGUGGACGUGUUCGGGGUCGUGGCGGGCAUGGUGGGCGUGGGGGGCGUUCUGGUCGUGGACGAGGUGGGCGUGGAUCAGCGGGCGGGAUAUGUCCUCGUAGUGAGCAACCUGGGCUGCGUGAUGAGGCGAUGGUCGACCUUAUUCGUUUCCCUCGACAACAUUGGGACGAGGGUGAUUUUUUGUAUCACAGCUCCGAUAGCGAUGACGAGGAUUUCUUCUGUACCGCCAUGCCGCGAGGCGGAGAGGACGACGGCAAGCCGAACGACGACCGUCCGGAUGAUGACGAUAGUGAUGAUGGAGCGGGCGACGGUCGGGACCCUCGAUCGUUGAGACGAGGUGGUGGCACUGGUGGGAGAGGUGCUGUUGCACCACGAGAUGCAGCACGUGAUGGCGGAGGAUUAGACGUCGUCCACGGUGGAGGCGGCUCAGGCGGGCCACAGGCCGAGGAUACCGGAGCAGCGCUGGAGCGUACACGUGCGGAUGUGGCUAUGGACGCCGAGCAGCAUGCGGGAGUGGUCGUUGUCGACGGCGGAGGCAGCAGGGAUGGACAGGCCAGUCCCCCGCAUGGCUCAGGCUAUGAAACGCGAUUGAGUGUUUCCAUGGAUUUCAUGGACACUCUUGUGACCAGCAAGAGUUGUAAGAGGCACAUUUUCGUCAUCAUUUACCGAUUCACCAAGUACGCUAGACUAAUACCAAUGCAAGAGACAGCCAGGACAGAAUACGUCAUCAAGUUGUCCAAGGACAACUGGGUAAGGGACUUUGGUUUACCAAAGACCACCAUUAGUGACCGAGACGUCCGAUUUACAAGUGAGCUGUGGAAGAAGACUGCGGAACAGAUGGGCAGUCAACUUCAAAUGACUUCAGGAAUCAUCCCGAAGCCAACGGACAAGCCGAACAGAUGAAUAGAGUUGUACAGCACUUGUUGAGGCAUUACAUCAAGCCCAGCCAGGAUGACUGGGAUGAGCAGUUACCUCUCAUCGCCAGCCUGUACAACAACGCUAUACAUARCAGUACCGGCGUCAGUCCUAACCAGCUGCACUUAGGAUGGAAGCCUAGAUCAGCAUUAGACUUCGUCCUACCUGAAGACCGACCUGCUGCAACUCCAAGCACAUUUGAAUACGGUGUGCAAUAUGAGAAGUUGCUGCAAGAGGCUGUUGAACAUAUGAAGAAAGCUCAGCAAGCCAUGACUGCUUCUGAGAAUCAACAUCGCAGACAGUC